GAAACAAUGUGGGGAAUGAUAGUACAAAAUGCUCCUUAUUAUUGGACUAUUACAACUGAUCGUUUACAUGAUAAAGAUGUUGUGCAUAAUUAUGAACAUAGAAAUCCAAAUAUCGUAGAAACAACUCCUAAUAAUAUAAUUAUGAAAAAAGAUCUUGAUAAAAUUAUAAUAAAUUAUAAUAAGCCCGUAAUUUUCUCAUUUGGUAACAUAUCGAUUUAUCAAGUUUUUGAUGAUGGAAAAGAAUUAUUACGUCAAACAUAUCCUGGAAGGUCAAAAUAUACUUCAACCAUUAACGAUACAAUUGUAAAUAUAAAAGUACUUUCAAGUACUUUUAGUAAUCCAGAAGCAAAUUAUUUUAUUACAAUUGAUGAUGGUUUUGUAAAUUCUAAACAAUAUAAUGAGGCGAUUAUGGGAAUUAAUAAGAAAGUUUGGUUUAUAAAUACGUCUUGGAACGAACCCGAUUCAUGUUUACGUAAAACAUCCGCUACUAUAUUAUUAAGACUUAAUGCUGAAGGGACAAAAUAUAUAAACGGUCUUAGUUCGGAUGGAUUUAAAAUUUUUUAUAACGAUUUAAUGAAUGAAUUAUCUGAAAUUAUCCCAGUUGAUAGAUCUAGGUUAUCUGAUACAGGAAAAUUUCAAAGUGAUCCAUUUGAUUCUAAUCAGUUUACUAUUUUACAAGUAGAAAUAUCACAACCGACUAAAUUAACAAAACCUUGUGUUAAAGACAUAAUAAGCAACUUAGAUUCUUUAAUUAGAAAUAAAGAUUUUACACUUAUAUCUCAUUAUCCUUUAACUAAUUUGUUGGAUGAGGAUUUCGGUACUACGAUAACACCUGACGGAUGGAAUGCCAAAAUGAAAUUGAGUCUAAUAUUUUUCUCGGGUGGAGCAAUAUUAAUCAUUGUUAUAUUCUUUAUAGUAAGAUAUCGAAAUCCACAGGCACGAAAUAUUUUGAUAUUUUCGUUUGCGUUAAUAAUUUUAGAUUUUAUUUUGGACAUUGCAUUCGUUAUAUAUUACGCACAACAAGUUCUCUCAUUUUUUAUACCAAGGUAUUUUAUGUUAAAAUAUCGUUUUUUCUUUUUUUUCUUUAAUAUCCGCUGGUAUUUCGAUAAUAUUUAGUCUUAUUGGAAGAACAUUUGAUGCGCUAUAUUAUAAAAUACCUUUUUCUGAAAGACAAAAUAUAAAACAUGAAGAACCUAGAACAUUAUUGUUAUGUAUUUCUAUUUCUUUAAAAAAAAAACAAGGAAAUAGACAUUCAAAAAGGUUUAAAAAAAAUAAAAUUUUGUUAACGGAAAAAAUUCGAACUUUUUUAUAAACCUUUUUCGUAUGAUUUG